AUGCUAAACUUAUUUUUUAUUUUAAAAAUUGUGGUUGCCCAAGCAGAUUGGGAAAACAUUUAUACAGCUUUUGUAAACGAUAAUAUGACUGAAUAGGAAUGUAAAUAAUCAAUUCAUAAAUAGCUUGGGUAGUUACAGGAGCAAGGAGUGAGGACCAUAUCGCGAGUUGUGCAGGAUUAAAAAUUAUUGGAGGAUAUAUUGCAUUUGGGAGUGGCACAGCAGUCUAAAGGUUAUUUUCUCUCCCUCCUCAUUAUAAACUAAGAAUUAAAGUAAAUUUCUGGAAGUAAUAAGAAUAUUAUCAUUUUCCAGAUUAGGUUGUUGGGACAAUGAAGUACAAUAUAUCAUAAUUGAUGAUAUAGUUUGGAAAUAAACAUUUAAUUGUUCAUAAGGUUUUAGCUAAUGUGGAACGAGUUAUCAAGAUUAUUUAUGUUAAGUUGAUAUCAUAAUUACACAUAAUUCUGAAACAUUAGUUCUUUUAAUGAAGUCUAGUUUAGAUGGGUGGCAAGACGUAAUUAUUGUUAUAAACUCAGGAAUCUUGGGGAUUUAAUAAUUUCACUCUUGAUAUUUUAAAAUGUAUUCCUGAUUGCCUCCUUUGCAAUCAAAACUCCUCCGACAUAUGUUAACCAAAGAUGGAUACAACCCUUAUUUAGAUUUAUAAACCUAAUGUUGAUAUAUGGUUGUUAUCUAAUAAUUUGCCUGUUUUAACAACAAUUUGUCUUGAUAAAAUAUCGCUAAUUGGAGGAUUUUAAAUUUUAGGGAGAUCAGAUUUAUUAAAGACUAAAAUUAACCUUGAUCCACAUUAUUAAUUCGAAAUUAAAUUCAAAAUAUGGCUGAUUGAUAUUUCAAGUAUUUCUAAUAGUUUUAACAUUGUUAUUGAUGGGAUUAUUCAUCCAUUCACUAUUAUUCCUGCUAGUUCGAUUUCCUUCUGUGCAUCAUCUCAAUAAGAAAGCGUUUAUAAUGUUGAUUUUAUCUAUAGUCAUUAGAAUCUUUAAGUUGAAAUUCAAAUAGCUCCUACAUCGUUAAUUGGAUCAAAUCCCUUCUGGGCAAUAUUUGACUUUAACUUAUAUGUUUUUCGAUGCUCAUCUCAUUGCAUUAAAUGUUCUGGAUACUUAAAAACCCAAUGUGAAAUUUGUGCAGAAGAUUGGUUUUUAGAUAAUGGAGAAUGUAACAGAAGUAUGAAAUAAAUCAUUUUUAGUCUAAAACCCACUAUAAAUAACCAAAAUAUAAUUCAGAUAAAUUGUUUAAACAUCAAUUUCCCUAUCCAUUCCAAUUUAAUUUCAAUUUUAAGAAAUUGAAAUUUCAUAAUUAUCAGGAUUUUUCUAUAGAGAACAAAAUAAAUUUCAACUAGAUGUUUAAAUCCAAUGCAACCAUAAUGGCUUAGUAAAAACUGAAAUGCAUGUCUGUCAUUCCUGUUAAAGUUAAUCAAUUUAUGCUCAAACAUUUUAAUGCCAGGAAUCAAUUCAAAAAUUCAUUAAACUUUCAAUUCAAUUUCAAAAAUAAAAUAUCACCAAUGAAGAACAAUAUUUAAUUAGUACUAGCACCACGUAAUUUCUUCUUUAAUAGAUACAACAAAUAUUUUCAAAUAUUUCUAGAUUACAAAUUCACUAUAUACUAUAAUAGAGAAAUAAAGGUUGGAAAUAUUGUGGUAAUUUCCAUAUUGCAUAAUUGAUCAAUUCAUUAUAUUUUUUAAUUUUAUUCUAAUUAGUUUUUAAAUAAAUGAAAUCUAUUAUAUUAUUCUACAUCCAUUAAAAUUUUUUUAAAAAAAAAAAGUGA